UUAUGUCCUUUCAAAGAUAUCACAUUUUUCGCUUAUAUCUACAGAAUAAAACAUAACCCAAUGUUUUGACGAAAAUUGAAUAUUGAGUUUCAAUAGUUUAUCACUUUUGCGAACAUUUCACCCUUAAGAUGUUUCGUCCAGUUGUAAAUUUCCUCAAAUGGUCGAAUUAUUCUAACGGUGUUGUGCUUAGUUUUUGUUCAAACGCUAAAAAAUCCGCGAAACCAUUAAGAAAAACAAAAGGUUCAUCUGCAGAUUACAGAACUCAGCAUUUUGUUGAUUACCGUGAAACGACUGUUCAAGGGGGCAAAGGAGGAGACGGAGAAAUCGCUUUCUUACGUUUACCGAAAAAUCCCUUCGCCGGGCCAUCGGGAGGCGACGGGGGAAAUGGAGGGCAUGUCAUUUUUGAAGCGUGCAGUACUACGAAAUCGCUGGAAAGUGUUCCGUCUGUGAUUCGAGGUUUAAAUGGAACUCGAGGUCGAGGCAAACAUAUGCAUGGCGCCAACGCUGAGCACACUAUUAUUAAAGUACCAAUUGGAACUCUUGUGAAGGAAGAUGACAAAUUUAUUUAUGAUUUGAAUGCUCCUGACUCGAAAUACAUUGCUGCUAGAGGAGGCGCUGGUGGCCAUGGUAAUCAUUUUUUCCUAACCAAUGAAAACAGGCAUCCAGAAAUCGCAGAGCUGGGCGCCGAAGGAGAAGUCCGCAAAUUAUGCCUUGAAUUGAAAAUUAUGGCACAUAUCGGUCUUGUUGGGUUCCCGAACGCUGGAAAAUCUACUCUUCUAAGAGCAAUUUCCCGUGCACGACCAAAAAUUGCUGCGUAUCCUUUUACCACCUUGAACCCUCAUGUUGGCAUUGUCCAUUACGACGAUUACGUGCAGUUAGCUGUGGCUGAUCUCCCUGGGUUGAUACCAGGAGCACAUGAAAACAAAGGAUUAGGAAUAUCGUUUCUGAGGCACAUUGAAAGGUGUUCAGGCAUUUUGUAUGUCAUUGACCUCUCCGUGGAGAACCCAUUAGGACAGCUAGAACACUUGAAAUUUGAACUGGAGCAGUACCAAGAAGGACUGUCUAGAAAGCCUCAUGCUGUUGUGGCAAAUAAGUGUGAUUUAGGAGCAGAUGCAAUGGAGAAGUACCAUAUGCUGAAAAGUAAUGUUGAAAUUGAAGUGUUUCCUGUCUCUGCAAUGUUUGGUAACAACAUCUUAAAUCUUUUACAGUAUAUUAGGAAAUUGUAUGACGAAGGAAAUGCACCUAUGAUAUGGUGAACAAUAGUUAUGUUUUAAAAAACAUAGUGUAUAAAUAAUAAAAAUAUAUUUUAUUGGUUUUGAUCCUUUACCAUUUGUCUAUUACGAAACAUGCUAGAUAUUG